AUGACACCAGUAGGCUGCACUGUCACAGGGACACCAAAACAGCUGCUGCUUUCCCAGUCUUGCUCGGAUGCUGAGGAUGAAGGAGGUGGUGCCUAUCGCACCCAGGGAGCCCAGUGCAACGGGAAGAGAAGCCUGCCCUGGUGCUGCCUGCGGGGGGCGGGGGCGGCGGCGGGGCCGGGCGGCCGCGGUCGCCCCCCGGCUCCCGGAGCUCGCCCGGCGCCGGCCGUGGUGCGGAUCGUGACCGUGCAGACGAAGCCCUACGGCGACCAGAAGCCGGGCAGCAUUGGGCUGCGCAAGCGGGUGACGGUGUUCCAGAGCAAUGCCAACUACAGCGAGAACUUCAUCCAGAGCGCGCUGGCCACCGUGCCGCCCGCCGAGCGCCAGGACGCCACGCUCGAGGUGGGGGGCGACGGCCGCUUCUGCAUGAAGGACGGCAUCCAGCUCAUCGCCCGCAUCGCCGCCGCCACCGGGGUCUCUCAGCACGUGAUGCCCCUCAAGGAGCAGGAAGAGUGGAUUUACAGCUGUGUGCACUCCCUUGUAUGUUAAACCUCCCAGUGCCAGGCUUGGGAGCAGCCACACUGAACCAGGAACGGCUUUAGGCAGCUUUUAGGCAAUUUAUAGUCUUGUCCUUCUCAAACAGCUGGCAUACCUUUAUACUUGUUGAUGAUCUUGGCACGAAAACACUGAGGCACAAUAAAAAUUAGUGCUGUUCAGUAAUCCAGCUGUAAUAGAACUGUGCUUCAUAAAGGCUGCUCUCCCUAGAUCUGCUCUUGUUUUCCAUACCAUGGGUUGUGGUUCCAUCGCAGGCUGGAACUGCCUCACUGAGGAAAAACUUUGUUGAAUGGGUUCCUAAUUAAACAUUCUUGUGGUUUGGAUGUGAGAAGUGUAAAGGGGUGAGGCUCAUUUUAUUUUGUCACCUGAUAAAGGAUUUGCUUCUUUCCCUUUUUUUUUGUCAUUUGCUGAUAAUCCUCAUCUUCCCCUUGUUCUGUAAUUACUGCCUGAUUUUAUAGUCUUUUAUAUAAAAUAAAGUCUGCCUUUUCAUAUGCAAUAAGGAAAUAACAUCAUUUGAGAAAAAUGGAGGUUUGUCUUGGGCUCUUGACUGUUAACAGCAAUUAAUUCUUCCCAGGUGGCUGAAAUAAGAAGACUGAAG